GACCGAGCCAUCCUAAAGAGACUUUCUUUUGUUCUAGGUUUCCACAAAGCGGUAUCAGGGUAUGAGAACGCCUUUCUCCUUUUAGCUUUAGUCGGUCGAGUAGCUUAUUCGAAUGUUGUGAACUCAUUCCUGCCUUUGCAAUACCAGCGCAUCUUGUGCCACAGAAUCGGUUGUGCUCUGCCUCUUCCCCUCUAUCAGAAGAUUGCCUUGUGUGGAAGGUUGACUCUGAACUUCAGUCAAUGGGAGGAAUCCCCUUAUCUAAGGUUCUUUGUAUGGCACUCUAAACUCUCUUUCUUACGCGAGACAGAAAGUGUAACUACCGAAGCUCUUUCAACUUGUCCUGUCUUUGGAUAAGUAUUGCGGUUAAGUCAGUUAACAAGAUGAGAGUCGGAAAAUGGAAAUAAGAAUUGUCAAGUGAUUCGUCGAAUGCUUCUACUUAUGUAGAUGGAGCCAGUACGCUACUAUAUAUACUGAUAAUUCCCAAGACAAUAUCGGGAUUGGGCACAGUAUGAAAGAUCUUUGAAAUCCUUGAUAGUCUGGAAAGGGAACGCAAAUCUAGCCACCACUUUCUCUAUUUAAAGAAAAAGAAAACUUCCCCAGACUGAGAGAUUGCUAAUCCUUUUUCUUCGCCUGGUGAAAUUAAACAAAACUGAAAACUGGAAUAAUCAGAGACGCAUCUUUAUGAUAUGUAAUUACAUAAAGCAGAGGUUGCUCUUUCCUGUCCACAAAUGGUCAAUGGAGGUUCUUUCUCAUCUCCGGACGGAUGGAACUUUCAACCAAGAGUUUCCAUUGUCACUUUUGAGAGAAGGAAAGAAGAAUGAGUAUUAUUCCUUUGAUCUUAAGUCGGCAACGGAUCGUUGGCCAUUGAGUGUCAUGUUUGCCCUUAUGUCUUGUAUGUUUGGGCCAACAUUGGCAUCUUCAAUUGUCAACAGCUCUUUGGGCCUCAACACCUUUCUAGUCGGGAAACCAAUUGUGAAAAGGAUGAGUGAGGUUGCCUUUCUUUGUGAUCAGCCGUUAGGUUACUACUCCUCAUGGUCACUCUUUGCUUUGUCCCACCACUAUGUAGUGUGGUUGGUAGCAAAACGAGCUUACCCGCAGAGAACCACCCCUUUUAAGGACUAUGCCUUGCUAGGUGAUGAUAUCCUAAUCACUGAUGCACUUGUGGCACAACAGUACAGGAUACUACUGGAUAAACUCGGUGUGACCAUUUCGGAGGCCAAAUCGAUAAUAUCUGAAACUGGUUGCGUCGAGUUUGCCAAGAGAUUCUGGGUCAAGUCAAUGCAAAUUAACCUGUCUCCAGUCUCUCUUCGGCUGUUGUUAUCUUGUAGGACGACUAUUGGUCUCUGUUCUAUCCGUAAUAAAUACCCUGUAAGUGUUUCUACAUUACAGCGGUUGGGUGGAGCGGGAUUUAGAGUCCGUUCGCUUUCUCAACUCAAUCUAAACGUUGGGAAAGAUUAAAGGCUGCCUGUUGCAAGCCAAACCGGUCACAUCCUCUACCUCUUGAAUGGUGGAUUGGAAGGUUUGGAAACCUC